AUGAACCGCUCCACUCUGAAGGCGCAGAGCACCAAGCAGCUCUGAGCUGACACGAACCCAGGAAACUACUUUUACAAGCUUUAGGUUUGUUGCCAAAAUAACUCCUAAAGCAUUUUGACUAUUGUUUAUAGUCUUCUGACCACUGCGAACAGCAUUUAUCCGGCAACACUGCAAUAUAUGGAUUUAGUACAAGGACCGGGGAAACAUUAAAGGUGUUUGAUUUCCAGACAGACCUGGACCCCCCUGCACACCCAGACAGCUGUUUUAACCUCUGCUUGACCCCACCUCUGCUUGUUCUGUCUGUGUGGUGCCCAGAGCUCCCCAUCCUGCCUAGAGUGGGGCACAGCGCCAUGGUAACUCACAGCAAGUUUGACUCCGCAAUGAGCAGCAGCCACUUGGACUCCAACAUGCGGCUGCCUCACCGUUACAAGACUUUUACCUCUAAAGCGCAGUACCAGAUGGUCCUUUCUACGAUCCACAAACUCCAAGAGAGUGGCUUCUACUGGGGCGCCAUCAGUGGAAAGGAGGCCAAUGCCAUGCUGGCAUCCGAGUCCACCGGCACCUUCCUGAUCCGGGACAGUUCUGACAACCGUCACCUGUUCACCCUCAGCGUCAAGACGGUGUCAGGCACCAAGAACCUGCGUGUCCAGUGUGACCCUUCAUCCUUUUUUCUGCAAACGGACCCUAAAAACAUUCAAUCUGUUCCUCAUUUUGACUGCAUCCUCAAGUUGGUCCAUUACUAUAUGCCUCAGAGCAAAGGGAAUGCUCGCAGUGGGAGUACUUACUACAUCUACUCUGGAGGGGAGAAGAUCCCCCUGGAGCUCAUCAAACCUCUGUCCUGUAGUCUGUCCACGCUGCAGCAUCUGUGCAGGAAAACAGUAAAUGGACACUUGGACAUUUCUUCUAAAAGAGACCAGCUCCCUCAUCCUCUGAAGGAGUUCCUUCAGGAGUAUGAUGCUCCUAUCUAGAGGCUUUGGACUGAUGCUCUUGAAGGGGCAGAGACUAAACUGAGGAAAGAAACUGGAAGGCUUCAGCACCCACCGUGUCUGAGGAGUCAAAGGUCAGGACUGAGCUUGUCAAAAGGAGCAGUUCAGAGCCUCAUUAGGUCCACAUUUCAGGACGAGAGACACUGGAUUGAGGACUACAAAGAGGGCUAAGACACACAGGGUUCUGCUGUGAACUGAUGUGAAAGAGAGAACCCCCACUGUUCUGCUCUGCAUCACUAAUGACGUCCAACUGACUGAAAACUGAAGUGAGGUUCACAGUCAGCUGUGGAGAUGACACGCAGGUUCCUUCUGCUGCUGCUAAAGUGAAGCAUGGGCAGCUCACACACAUCAGCCUCCGAAAAUUAUCCAUCCAUUAAAGCUGGACUGGCUUUUAUGAAGAGAAUAGCAUUUUUGCUGACGUUGGAUGAUAAUCACAGACAUAUUAGACACGUCUGUCCAGCAUCCUGGUAUCUCUGACCAAGUACUGUAUUUGCUGGAAAUACACAGACAAAAGGAAACGCAGAUUAAAAAUGAGUGGACACUAGUUGCCUUUUGAGGCCAUGUUUGUGCCAACCAUGAUGGGAAAGGGCUGAGCAUUUUUUUAGAAGAUGGAUCAUGUGAUAUCUUAAAAUAAUGAGAGGAAUGUUCCUUUUUUACAUAGUGGAAGUUUUUUUUUUUUUUUUUACCAAACUUGCCUGAACCACCAGUUUUGUUUGUGAUGGAAUUUGACUGAACACAACAGGAUCUUGCUUGAGUUAUUAAGAAUACAGAUCCUAGCAAACCCUUAGAGCCAAACUUUUGUACGACUGCAGUGGUGAGGACAUAUAGAGUAAACACCAAAAGAUGUAGUAGUGGCACAGACAGGGUCCUCAUUGUUUGCAAAUGAAUGUAUUAAAUAUCUCUCUUCUUCAAAUUUGGAGAACAGAUGACACAUAUCUUAUUUUCCUGUCUCUUUUUUAAAGUAAUGUUUACAUGUGGGAAGAUGAAAUUGUAAAUCUGUUUAAUCCUGUCUUUUAUAAAGAUAUACCUUUUUCCAGCCAAAUCCAAUGGCUGUGGAUGCUUGAAGAUAUUUGAGAAGUUUAACGAAGCAAGCAGACUGAUACAACUUUGCACUUAUUUAUAUUUGUACAAACAUUUCUUUAAUUUAUAAUAAAAAAAGCACUAUUUUUAUAUGAA